UUUUUCAAGUUAAAAAUAAACAGAAGUUCAUAGCUGCGUUUCAAUAUUUUGGUUUCUCGUUCGGAUCUCGCACAUAUUUGAAAUUCGGCGAUUUCAAUGUCAAAAUUUAGGAAAUUGAGCUUAACUAGAUUACAUAUCAGUCGUCGUUAGUAUACCUGUAUAUUAUAUUAUUCAGAAUAUGUCGAGUCAGAAAAAGAAUAUAACAUCAAGCAAACUACACAGCAGUGAUGAGAAAUCCAUUAGUAGUAGUUCAACGCUUGAAAUUGAUAUUGAUAGAAAAGAAACAAUACUUUGCAAUGAACCAUUAUGUCCAAGUCCCCAAAUCGACAUUGAUAGAAAGGAUUUAAUGAGCGAUGAGGAUAUUGGACGAAGUGCGAACACUACAAUAAUCAAUAAGACUGUCAAGGGUUUGUGUUGUUCCGAUGAACAACCAUGCUGUUCAAGUAGCGUAAAAAAUACUUCCGGAAAAUCUGAUGCGUGCGCUGAAACUCAACCAGAGGAACCACCAGUUUGGCUCUGUGACAUUAAAAAUGUACGUUGUGCAUUUUGUCGAAAUCAGCUGACAAAGAAAUGUAUCCAGUGUCAGAUUCUUAAGAAAAAGGAGAAAUGUAAGGUUGCCUGGGGGAAGUGUAGUCAUGCCUUUCACUACCACUGUGUUUCCAGAUUUCUCAAGGAACGGAGCGUGUGCCCUUUAGAUGACACUGUGUGGGAGUAUGAGAAAAUUGGGAACUCAAAAGUGAAACGUAAAUAAUGCCGACAAAGCGACUGAUGGUCUUUUACGAUCAAUUAAGAGCAUCAACCUAUCUAAUUAUAAACCUAGCUAACAUCCUGUGCAGUUGAGAUUCGGAAAAGAAAAUAUUUUACUACUUUAUAGCAUUUAUUUUAUUUUAUACACCAUCAACUUUUAAUCGCCGUGAUAAUAAAAAUAAAUUGAAUUGCAGUCGUUAAAAUAUAAA